AUGUCAAGUGCAACAUAUCUAUUAACAGAUACAAAUGAAACAAUCUCAUGGACAUAUGAUCGAUUUUUAUCAAAUGCAUCAAUUGAAAAAAAAGAUUUAAGUCUAUUUGGUUUUAUUACUGGUAUUCUAUGUAUUAUUGGUAUUGUAUGUAGUCUUAUUUUUAGAAUUAUAAUACAUUUCCAUGGUAAAAUAUCAUUAUCGACUGAAAAAUCUAGUCACUCUCCAUUGAUAUCAAGUAUUACUCUAACUACUACAACUACCACUGAUGAUAGUAGAAGUGAAUUUUAA